AUGGCGGCGCUCAUCGGCAAGCGCUCCUCCGUCAUGGGCAAGUUCUGGGACGGCUGCUCCAAGGACGACGAGGACAAGCUCUACCCGUGCGUGAUCAAGGAGUACGACGACCGGAAGAAGAUCGCGCGCAUCGCGGCGCUGCAGCAGAUGGUGCGCGUCGAGAUGAUCGACGACGCGGCGGUCUACAACGAGGAGGAGGGCCUCUGGAUCGCGCUCACGAUGAUGUCCGAGUACCACGCCGCGCACCUCGCGGCCAACCCGCCGGCUCCGGCGCCCGUCGAGGAGGACUCGCAGGCGACCGAGGACGAGCCCGAGGCCGGCGAGGAGGCCCCCGUGCCUCUGACCAAGGAGGAGGUCCGGCAGAAGAAGGCGCUCGCCGCGUCGCGCAAGGCGUCCGGCUUCCGCGUGUGCUUCACGGCGCCGCAGCUGGUCAAGUACGUCACGGAGAACAACGGCAAGUCGCUCCUCGCCGUCAACAAGUGGACCUGCCUCGACAACUUCACGGCCGGGGACCCGCCGUGCGGGCGGAUGCUCAUCGACGAGCGCGGCACGUCGACGGGGCGGCUCAGCGGCCACAUCGAGAGGUGCCACCCGGAGCAGUACAAGAUGAUGCUCCGCUCCGGCGAGACCAAGGCCGGCGGCAAGACCAUCGUGUCGGCCGACGGCUCCCUGAUCACGCGCCUCAAGUUCGAGGACGCGUUCAACUACCACGUCGACUGGAUCAUCGACGGCGAGCUCGACGAGGCGGCGGUCGAGGAGACGGCGUCCAUCGUGUCUUCCGACGACGAGGAUUCGUCGUCUUCGGACGACGACGACGACGAGCGGCCGAAGCUGUCGAAGAAGAAGGCCAUGGACGAGGCCAAGCUCAUGAAGCGCACGCCGACGCCGGCGCAGUGGAACCUGGCGCGCCAGAUGCUCCCGGUGUUGCUCAAGGUCAAGGAGUUCAACAAACUCGUCCAGUACAGCACGGUGCCGACGACGGACCGCACGCUGCCCAUGGCGCGCCAGCUGCUGCGCUCCCUCGAGAAGAAGUCCUGGUCCGUGCACAUCGAGUCCAAGGAUCUGCUCCCGGAGGUCCGCGAGGCGAUCUCGAUCAUGAUCAGCCAGGUGAAGGAGCGCUUCUUCGCCCCGGGCAUGGUCACGGACCGCGACAUGAUCGCGCUCCACAUGAACCCGCUCGUCAAGGUCUCCGACGUGUUCGGCGGCGGCUCCGCCGGCGACGCCGCCUCCAAGGCGGCCACGCAGCUCUACUCCGCGUUGUACUUCGAGACGUCCGCGCGCAUCGGCCGCCAGGCGGGCGAGAAGACGAAGCUCUCCGAGGUCGAGAGCAACCGCACGAAGCGCAGCAAAGGCGAGAAGUCGCUCCUGGACCAGGCCUUCGACGAUCUGGACGGCAGCAGCGACGACGACGCGUCCAUGGACGUCGACGCCUGCGAGAUGACGUGGCUCGACGAGCUCCGGUCGACGCCCAAGAAGGAGAGGAAGGACCGCUUCGAGUUCAAGGCCGGGCUCGACGGCGAGAAGCACUUCAGCGCGCUCCAGUUCUACAGCAAGCUCCGCAUGCGCGCGCCGGUCCACGCGGCCAUGGCGCAGCAGAUCUUCGCCGACGAGGCGACGGAGGCCGUGUCGGAGCGGUCGUUCUCGAUCCACAGCCUCUACACGAGCAAGCUGCGCAAGGCGCUCCAGGGCAAGGUCAUCGCGCCCAUGCUGCGCUGCAAGGCCAACCACGACCUCUUCUUCGAGGAGAUCAAGGCGAAGAUCUACGAGCGCUACUUCCGCAAGUACCGCAACAACGUCGACGCCUUCCCCGACUGCGUGCCCGGCUCCAAGGACGACGCCGACGACGACGUCGCCAACUGA